AUGGAAGGUCUCUACAUUAACAGCAGCUCACAGGACCAAAGCUACGAUUACAACGACACCACCGCCGACCAGAAUUACAGCAACAUCAUCUCCAACUACCAGAAUAACAAUGAGCUUGAUGAACUUUAUUUCAUCAGAGAUGUGGUCACAUACAUAGUCGUUGCUGUCGGCCUUCCUCUGACCCUGGUGGCCAUCUAUGCUCUUUAUUCUAUGCCCUCUCUUAAACUGUUGAGCUUAAAGAUGUGUGGGUCAUAUCUGAGAUUUCUGUUGGAUGAAAAAGUCAGAAAUGGCUCUGAGUGCAGCUGCUGGGCAGAGCAAGAUGACAGAUUUGGGAGGAGGUGGACUUCACAACAUGUUUCCAACUGCUUGUUGACUUUUACCAAUGUUUUCCUGCAGGUGAGAAGUGAUCAAGUUGCUCCCAUCUACGUCAUCAACCUUCUCAUUACUGACAUCCUUCAGCUCUGCUACAUGAUUGUUAAGGUGGCACCAAAUGUUUGUGGAACGAUAUCUGAGAUGUUCAUUUAUAUUUACUACUCUGCCUUAUUGGCCAGUGUUUUCUUCAUGGUCUGCAUCGCCCUGGAAAGGUAUUUGGUCAUCGCCCACCCACUGUGGUACCGCUGCAGACGAACCAUCAAGACCUCUGUGGUGGUCUGUGUCCUGGUCUGGGUCCUUACUCCUCCCUUUUUGGUCAUUUCUUGGUUUUAUAGUGUGAAUCCAAACAUACUCGCCGUCCUCCUCCUCCUUCCCUUCCCACUGUUAAUCUUCUCCCUGGUUGGGACGCUCAAAGCUCUGUCUGCUUCCAUCUCGGUCCCCUCUGAUGGAAAACGACGAAUUGUGGGGAUUUUGGUUCUGGUGCUGCUUAUUUACACGCUGCUGUUCCUGCCCAGCAUCAUUUUGAUCCUACACAGAAAGUAUGUCCCGACCCUUAACAGUCUGUCUCUCAUCUUCCUCAGGCUGAGUCCUCUUGCAGACUUGUGUCUGUAUGUCCUCAUGAGGAAAGGGUUCAUAGACAAGCUUUUGGCCUCUGUGUGUUGCUGCAGAAUGGACAGCAAUGAUAUCAGCAGUUCAUCAGUAUGAAUGAUGACAACAUUUCCACAGUCAGCUUCAUGUAGGCAGAGAAAGAGGGAGAGAGAGAAAGGGGAGGAAACAGGAGGAGAAAUGGAGGCCAAUAGAAAGGAUAGAGACGAGACAGAUCCUGUCAUCUACUGAGACCAUUUCCAAUAAGACACCUAACUGUAGAGAACAGGAAGCACUGUUUGGACUCUGCUGUGGGAGAAGUGGCUGCUGGGAAAUGUUUUGGUCAACUUGCUCUGGUUCACUGUGAUGGCUUCAACACAUGGAAAUAAAAUGUGUUUUAUUAGUUUGGA